CAGUCCUACACCGCAUACGCCACCCGUACUAACACUUACAACAUAUCGUCGUGUGACCGCUGCUUCUCCGUCCCUAUAGUCUGAAGCAUCUUCAUACAAAGUACCUACCUACGCCAUAGCACCAUCUUCACCACCCACAACACCCAACCCUGCACCCAUUGACUGGUGUCUUCGCCCCAACUCCCCCGUAGCAUGAGCUCGCAAUCUUCCAAGCCCCGCCGAGCUUCGACUGUUCUCGACCCGUACGCUGCACCGCACAUAUACUAUGGCGAGAGUCACUCGCGGAAGCAUACCAGAGCCAGGACCUACUCCGCUAAUGUAGAUAAUUCCACGCGCAAUGCCCCAAUUGCCGAGGGUGCCAUUGCUGGCCGACGCAUCAGUCACGAUGAAAUCUCCCUGCAGCCUCGCCGUUUCAAGAUCAAUGUCGAAGAAACGCUCCAGCAGCUUCUCGCCCGCGAAGACUCGGACCAGAACUACCAGAUCACAAUAGACGACAAGGGACCCAAGACCUUGUCUCUCGGUACUCUUGGCUCCAACGCCUUCAAGAAGCACGAUGUCCGCGGCACCUACAUGCUCUCGAACCUGCUCCAGGAGCUCACACUCGCAAAAGACUACGGCCGCAAGACUAUCGUGCUUGACGAGUCACGCUUGAACGAGAACCCUGUAAACCGCCUGAGUCGCCUCAUCCAAUUCUCCUUCUGGGACGGUCUCACACGCCGUAUCGACGGCUCCAAUAUCGCCAAAGUCGGUGUCGAUCCCAAGGACUGGACAGACGACCCACGUCCGCGUAUAUACAUCCCCCAGGGCGCACCUGAGCAGCACGAGUACUACACCCGCAUUGCUCGCGAGCAUCCCGACAUGCGUCUGGAUGUCAUCUGGCUGGACAAGGAUUGCGACAACAACGAUUACGUGCGCGAUCUGAACAAGGCACCCGGUCUGCUCGCUAUUGCUAUGGAAGAAUGGAUAGAUCCAGAGACGAAGAAGAAGGACCUGAGGGGUCUGCCGUUCGUCGUCCCAGGUGGCCGCUUCAACGAGCUCUACGGAUGGGACAGCUAUAUGGAGUCGCUCGGUCUCCUCGUCAACGACCGUGUUGACCUAGUCAAGUCCAUGGUCAUUCACUUCUGCUUCUGCAUCAAGCACUACAACAAGAUCCUCAACGCAAAUCGCACUUACUACCUUUGCCGAUCUCAGCCUCCCUUCCUCACCGAUAUGGCUCUGCGAUGCUAUGAACGCAUCAAGCACGAGCCUGGUGCGCUCGAUUUCCUACGCGAAGCCAUCCUUGCUGCCAUCAAGGAAUACCACUCGGUUUGGAUGAGCGCGCCUCGCCUAGACCCCGUUACUGGGCUCACCAGGUACCGGCCUGGCGGACGAGGUGUGCCACCUGAGACGGAAGCCAGCCAUUUCCACCAUGUUUUGAUGCCGUAUGCUGAGAAGCAUGGUAUGACAUUUAAGGAGUUCGUCGAUGCAUACAACAACGGACGUGUCGAAGAGCCUGAGCUUGACGAUUAUUUCCUACAUGACCGUGCUGUACGUGAAUCUGGCCACGACACUUCAUACCGUUUAGAGAGGGUCGCCGCAGAUCUUGCAGUUGUCGACAUCAAUGCGCUUCUUUACAAGUACGAAGUCGACAUUGGCCGUUGCAUCCGCAAUCACUUCGGUGACAAGCUUGAGAUCCCAGACGGCUUCCGCACUGGUGACAUGAAGCCUGGCCACGUUGAGAACUCUGCCACGUGGGAGCGCCGCGCUAGAAAACGCCGCGUUCAGGUGGACAAGUAUCUCUGGGAUGAAGAAGCUGGCAUGUACUUCGACUACAAUACAGUCAAGCAAGAACGCACCGGCUACGAGAGUGCCACCACUUUCUGGCCCAUGUGGUCAGGUCUUGCUACUCCUCGCCAGGCUAGCAUUCUUGUGGAGAAAGCCCUCCCUAAGCUGGAGGCAUUUGGUGGGCUUGUUUCGGGUACAGAGAAAUCGCGCGGCAAAGUCGGCCUUGACCGCCCCAACCGUCAGUGGGAUUAUCCAUUUGGCUGGGCGCCGCAGCAGAUGCUCGCUUGGGUCGGUAUGCAGCGAUACGGGUACGAUGCAGAAGCCCAACGCCUGGCAUACCGCUGGCUCUUCAUGGUCACCAAGGCAUUUGUUGACUUCAACGGCGUUGUUGUUGAGAAAUACGAUGUCACGAGGAAGAUUGAUCCUCACAGGGUGGAGGCCGAGUACGGUAACCAAGGCAGUGACUUCAAGGGUGUUCCUCGCGAAGGCUUCGGAUGGGUCAACGCAAGUUACGUUUACGGUCUCACGCUCCUCAGCGCACACCAGCGCCGUGCUCUCGGUGCGCUUACCGAUUGGGACAGCUACUCAAAAGCCAUGGAAGAUCUUGGUAUGAUGUAAACGACUGCCAGUUACUUUGUUACGACUGUACGAUGUACAUUGCAUUGGAUGUUGGGUCUGCUUCCUGAUUCGAGUUAGAGGCGUAGUAGGAAAUCUGUCUGAGCUAUGCUUAUGGAUUUUGCUUGCAAGUCCAAGGGAGAGUGCUAGACGUAUGAGCACAGCAAAUUUUAAAGGAUGUGGUACUGCAGGAGCUUUCGGUAUGGUGCUAGGGGCUGGACUCGGCAUGACGGUGUAACUUAUACCUAUGAUCAAACGAAAUGCAUCAAUAACGUUAAUUUUCCAUGCCUUCUUU